AUGUUGGUGAAAUAUGACUCAACAAACUCGCCUAGUUCAUUUUGUAUAGUUCGAAGUGCUUUUGACAGAUCGCUGUGUACAUUUUCUAUUCUGAUCUUAUGCUGUAUUUCUAUUGACAGAUAUUAUGCAGUGUGUCAGCAUCUGACAUACAGAACUAAAAUGAAUAAUCGUGUGAUUGUGUUUAUGAUCCUGGUGAUCUGGGGAGCUGCAACAGUCAUUUCAGUCAGUCUCAUCAUGGCAAGAUUAAGCAACUCAUGUGAUGAUGAAAUAUGUCAAAUAUCUAGAAAUGUGGGGAGCUUUAUGGGAUUUAUUUUAACAUUUUAUCUCCCGGUGAUCAUCAUGCUGUGUAUCUACCUGAAGAUUUUUCUUGUUGCACUGAAACAGGCACGCAGCAUCCAGAACACAAAGUCUGGAGCAACAGUCAGUAAGAUGGAGAGAAAGGCCACAAAAACUCUGGCUGUUGUGAUGGGAGUUUUCUUACUGUGUUGGCUUCCGUACUUUCUUUGUGUUUCUGUUGUUGUUUCAACAAAAGUUCAUGUCCCACUUUCUCUUACUGAGACACUGAACUGGCUCUCAAUGUCAAAUUCAACAAUCAAUCCAUUUAUUUAUGCUUUCUUUUACAGCUGGUUCAGAACAGCUUUUAAAAUGAUUAUUUCUGGGAAAAUAAUUCAAGGUAAUUUUACAAACUCAAGGCUGUCCUGA